ACCACCACCGCCCCCGCGGCUCCCACCCCCUCUUCUUCUUCCUCCUCCUCCUCCGAUUCCCCCCAAUUCCCAACCCUGCGGAGGAGGCAGGGAGGAAAAGGCCGGACCGAGCAGCCCGCCCACCGCACCGCACCGCUGCGGGUUACUGGGACCGGGCCCGUGGCCGGCCGCCAUUCGGGAGCCCUGACAGCGGCGAGGGGGGGAGCGCCCGCCGCCGACCGGGGAUGGACGACCUCAAGCAGAUCCUGGCGCGGCCGAUCCAGCUCGCCGAGCAGGUAAUAAAGUGGUCCGACGAGGCCUACACGUUCCGGCAGGAGUGCAUGGAGCUCAAGGCCAAGGUCGAGCGCCUCGCCGGCCUGCUCCGCCAGGCCGCGCGCGCCGACCUCUACGAGCGCCCCGCGCGCCGCAUCUUCGACGACACCGAGAAGGCGCUGGACAAGGCGCUCGCCCUCGUCGACAAGUGCCGCGCGCACGGGCUCGUCCGCCGCGUCUUCACCAUCAUCCCCGCGGGCUCCUUCAAGAAGAUGACCAACCAGCUUGACAACUCCAUCGGGGACCUCUCCUGGCUCCUCCGGGUCUCCUCGUCCGCCAACGACGACGACGACUUCGACGCCCACAUCGGCCUCCCGCCCAUCGCGCAGAACGAGCCCAUCCUCUUCCUCAUCUGGGAGCAGAUCGCCGUGCUCUACACCGGCAACCUCGACGCCCGCGCCGACGCCGCCGCCAGCCUCGUCUCGCUCGCGCGCGACAAUGACAGGUAUUCCAAGCUCAUCAUAGAGGAGGACGGUGUGCCGCCGCUGCUCAAGCUCGUCAAGGAGGGCCGCCUCGAGGGGCAGGAGAACGCCGCGCUCGCCGUCGGGCUCCUCGGCCGCGACCCGGAGUGUGUCGAGCAGAUGGUGCAAGUCGGGGCCUGCCUGGCCUUCGCCAAGGUGCUCAAGGAGGGCCCCAUGAAGGUGCAGGCCAUGGUAGCCUGGGCCGUCUCGGAGCUCGCCGCCAACCACCCCAAGUGCCAGGACGCCUUCGCGCAGCACAACGUGAUCCGGCUGCUCGUCGGCCACCUCGCCUUCGAGACGGUGCAGGAGCACUCCAAGUACGCCAUCACGUCGAAGAUGUCCAUACAUUCGGUGGUGAUGGACAAAAAGAACAGCACCAAUUCGGCAGAGUUGCUGGAUCCAGCGGACCACAGCGUCAUGAGGUACCCGACCGGACAAGCUUCCCAGAACAAGAAUGAGAUGCACAGUUUGGUGCAGUCCACCAUGGCUGCCAAGUCUAAUGGGGGCAGUGCUAAACACGUAGUUACUAGUGGUGGUGUUGUGGCAUCGAAGCAGCACAAUGCGUCAUUGUCAGGAACGAGUACAAGGGGCAGGGAGUUCGAGGACCCUGAGACAAAGGCAUACAUGAAAGCCAAUGCUGCAAAGGCAUUGUGGCAGCUCGCCAAGGGCAAUGCAGCUAUCUGUAAGAGCAUCACCGAGUCAAGGGCUCUGCUCUGCUUUGCUGUUCUUCUCGAGAAAGGUGAAGGUGAUGUGCAAUAUAAUUCUGCCAUGGCUCUCAUGGAGAUCUGCUGUGUCGCUGAGCAGAAUUCCGACUUGCGAAGAUCAGCAUUCAAGCCAACUUCUCCUGCUGCCCGGGCUGUUGUUGACCAGCUCCUACGUGUUGUCGAGAAGGCUGAGUAUGAUGAUCUCCUAAUUCCCUGCAUUAUGUCGCUAGGUUGCUUGUCCAGAACCUUCCGUGCUACCGAGACUCGGAUUAUUGGACCAUUGGUGAAGCUUCUUGAUGAGAGGGAAGCAGAUGUAUCCCGAGAAGCAGCAAUUGCCCUGACCAAGUUUGCAUGCACCGAAAACUACCUGCAUGUUGACCAUUCUAAAGCGAUCAUCAAUGCAGGCGGAGCGAAGCACCUAGUUCAGCUUGUGUAUUUCAGUGAGCAGGUGGUUCAGAUUGCAGCACUCACCCUUGUAUGCUACAUUGCACAUAAUGUCCCAGACAGUGAGGAGUUGGCGCACGCAGAAAUCCUCACGGUGCUCGAAUGGGCCUCCAAGCAAGCUUACAUGAUGCAAGACCCGGUCAUCGAGAACUUGUUGCCAGAGGCAAAGAUCAGAUUGGAACUGUAUCAAUCCAGAGGUGCAAAAGGCUACCAUUAGAUUACCUGUUGUGGAAAGGCAUGAAAGAAGAAUUUUAAGGCUUUCUUCUUUGGAUUGGCCAAGUACUGUCUGUAUAUACAUCCAGCGGCUUCUAUGUAUACUCUGGCUAAACCGGUUUGGUUCCCAACAUGUCAAAAGCUGUUGAAGUUACAUCUUUGGUUGGGUUCUCGAUACAGGGAAGUAAUUUUUGUUUGUAGGCUUGGAUGUCAGAACUCCAGUUCCUCUUGUUGGUGGUAUAGUUUUCGGAGAUUAGCAUCUUGUACUCUCUUUGGCCUAAUGAUGUAUCGUGUAUAUUACAGUUCACUCAUUAAUCUGAGAAAAGUUUCUUAAAUCCAA